GACCCGCCCCAGGAGCCCCGGCUAAGAGCCCCACGGCAUCAGAAGAGCACGGCCCAGCAGCAGGAGAUCCAGGCCCACUGGACACCUGGGUCCCAACACACACGGGAGCUGGGCCACAGGGAGCCAAGGACACUUCAGGACAGGUUGCUGGGGCCCAGCAUGGAGGAGGCAGGUGGGCCCCCAGCUCGGGCCGAGGCCCGGGUGGUGAGUGCCAGGCUGACGUGGCGACAGCGGCCCCCUGCCAAGGAAGAGGUGAGACAUCACUUUCACAAGGUGUCCCUGGUGUCGGACGCCCGGAUGGAAGCCCCCCAGGAGGAGAUGUUUGAGUACAGCCCCCGUGGAGAGAAAGUCAAUGGCUUCGCUGCAAGGAGAGAAGAGACUGUGAAUCAUCAAGCCCCCCCGGUUGGGGCUGGUUCCAAGAGCUGCCAGAGCCAUGGGCCCAUCUUUUCCAAGAAGUACACACUACCCCCCAAGGAGAAAAGGCUGGCGAGGAGGCUGAAAGAGGCUGUGGACCAGGGUGAUGGCAGCUCCCAAGACCCUAGGACUGAGCCAUCACGCCUGGGAGCCAUGGCCAGGACGGAGCUCUUGGUGCCCCUGCCGGGGCCCCGUGAGCCGAGCCCCCACCCAUGUGUGAACCGUGAGGAGCGGCAGGUGACACGCACCGUGCGGACCACUGUGGUGGUAGGCGGGCAUGUGGACCGAAGGGUGACCAGCUCUGUGACCUUGGAGCCAGUGCUCCCGGGCGAGGCCCUGCCAAGGGGCCGCCAUGCUGUCCGGGCAGUGGUGGUGGGCCACAGGCCUGAGGGCUCGCCCAGCCGCAGUCAGGCCCUGGAGCUGCUCAGUAGCCGGCUUCCCAGGCCCAUGGCUUCUGUGUCAAGGAGUCCAGGUCUGGGCAGUACAGAGGGCACAGCCCAGGGGCAGCUGCCUGAGACGGGGACAACAGAGCCAAAGGGCAGAUCUGUCCGGGCCCCUGCAGGCAUCCCUGAGGGUGCUCACCCACCUCAGAACCAAGAGGCCCCUGCAGCCCAUCCAGACCAAGACCAGGGCCAAGCUCUGGGUGCCAAGGCCCAUAAGGUCCCAAGGGUGCAGGGAGCCUCCAACCCCACCCAGCUCCCUCUCCUCACCUCUCAGGGCCACGCCUUAGUACCCUCUUCUCCCAGAAUCCAGAUCCAUACCCCCUCCCUGGGCCUAGACCACCUUCCUGAGCAGCCUGUGGUGCCCACUCACCCCAGGGCCCAGCCUGCUCUGGAUCCCAGGGGACCCCAGGCCCUGCCCUCUGUAAAAAGGGAAGAGCUCACAGAUACCCCUGCUGCCACCAUCAUGCCCAGGGUAAGGAGUGAGGUUGUUACGGUCCCUGGAGAACCCCCAUCCCCUACAAGAAGAAAGGCUGUCUCUAGCCCAGACAAUCUUUCUGCUCCAUCUUCCCCAAGGAAUAAGGUUGUUCAGGACCCUGAAAAUGUCCCCAUCUUCUCCCUCACCCAGAAAGACAUAGUGCAGGGCCCUGAUGCUCCUGCGGACCCCUCCCCCACCCAGAAAGAGGUUGUGCAGGCUCCUAGUGCUCCCGCUGCCCCAUCCCCCAAACCAACCAAGGUUGUCCAGGGCCCGGAAGACAGGCCUAGCACCCAAAAGGAGGUUGUCCAGGGUAGUGAAGGCAGCUUUGGCGCUUCCCUCACCAAGGAAGAGUCUGCUCAGGGCCUGAUUGCUCCUGCUAUCCCAUCCCCCCAGGAGGAUAAGGCUGUCCAGGGCUCUGAAGGGAGCCCCGUCUCAUCUCCCACCCAAAAAAAGGUUGUCCAGGGUCCUGCUGUUCUCCCUGCUCCCUCCUCCCCAGUGGGCAAGGUGCUCCCCAGCCCAGGAGGCCCCUCUGCCCCAGAGCCAAUGGAAGCAGAGGCCAGCCAAGAGCCCCGGCUUCUCCCUGGCCCCACUGAAGACAAGAUGCUCCCGGAGCCAUCGAGGGAGGAGGAGGAGCUGGUCCUGGCGGCUGACCUGGAGAUGUUCCUGGACACCCUGCGGAGCAUGGAGCCCCCUGAGAUCCUCCGCACCCACAGGCUGCCGCGAGCCCCCCGCUCCUCCUACCUGGCCAUGUACGCCACGCUGCCUCCUAUCGAGGAGGACCAGCCCAGGCCUUGGGUGCUGGGACCCAGCCCCCAGGAGGUGCCCGCACUGGAAGGAAAGGAGGAAGAGGAGGAGGAGGAGGAGGAGGAGGAGGAAGAGGAGGAGGAGCAGCCAGAGAACCCCUACCUGAGUGAUGAUGAGAAGCUCCAGCGCAGGCAGGAGAAAGCUGGGCCCGGGCCCUCCUGGGACUUCCUCCCUCCCAGGCCCCCCCAGGCCUCUUACUCGCCUCUGGAGAUGAUGAAGAAGCAUGUCACAGACGCCAAGGGCUCCCACCCGGAGCCAGGGCCAGAGCGGCAGGCGGGCACGAGGCCCACCUCCCGUCUUGAAGGCAGUCUUUUCUUUGGGGGUAUGGUGUCUGCCCCCAAGGAGGCCCCCCCCUCGGAAUCACUAGGCACAAAACUGUCCGCUCUGCCUCCCCAUGGGGCACCAGGGCUCAGAAAGGUGCCGGGACAGCUGCCCCUGCUCUGCAGUGACAGGUCGCCUCCAGAGAAGCCCCCGUGCGCCAGGCCCUCUGAGGGCUGGAGCCCGGCAUCGAAGACCCAGGGCAAGCUGAACACCAGGCCAGGAAAGGUGGUCCUCUUCUCAGAGCCCGGCUGCCAAGGCAGCAGCAGGGAGGUUUGGGAAGACAUUGCUGAUGCCUCCAGCUGGGCCCCCGUGGCCUCCAUCAGAGUGGUCCGAGGCUGCUGGGUGCUGUAUGAAGAGCCAGAGUUCCGGGGCCGGAAGCUGGUCCUGCCUGAAGGAGAUGUGGAGCUCAGAGCCGCGGGGCCCGCGGGGAGUAUCCACAGCAUCGGCUCCCUCAGGAGAGUCGUCCGGGACUACAUUACCCCAGAGAUCAGCCUGUACUCCGAGGAGGGCCUCAAGGGGGAGCAAGUGAAGCUAACCCAGGCCUUGGAGGACCCCCAUAUUCAGAAGAGGGCCCUGCAGGUGGCAUCUGCCACUGUCUCUGCAGGACUGUGGCUGCUAUACCCCAAACCCUUCUUUGAAGAUACUCCCUGCAUCCUGGAGCCUGGAGAGUACCCCACCUCCAAGGACUGGGGUGCAUCAGACCCCAGCGUGGGCUCCUUGAAACCCCUGAGUUUGGGCUGCCCAAGAGUGGAGAAGCCAGGGGAGCCCAAGGCUGUGGUGUAUGAGGCCCCAGGCUUUCAAGGCCAGAGCUGGGAAGUGAGCCGAGACAUCUACAACCUUCAGCAGCCGGAGGACAGCCACAGCCCCCGCCUGGCCUCUGUGGGGUCCCUGCGAGUUCUUGGAGGCUGCUGGGUUGGCUAUGAGAAGGAAGGCUUCCGGGGCCACCAGUAUCUGCUGGAGGAGGGGGAAUACCCUGACUGGUCACACUGGGGAGGCUAUGACGAGGCGCUGACCUCCCUGCGGGUCAUCCGGACGGACUUCGCGGACCCGGCCGUGGUGCUGUUUGAGGCCGUGGACUUCGAGGGGCACAGCCUUCAGGUCGAGGAGCAAAAUCUGCACUUUAUCUCUAAGAUUCAGCUUUUCUCGGGCCCCGACUUCCUGGGAGACCACAUCUCCUUCGAGGAUGACCAGGCCUCUCUGCCCGCCUCUUUCCAGCCCCAGUCCUGCCGAGUGCACGGUGGCAGCUGGAUCCUGUUUGAUGAGAAGAACUUUGAGGGUGACCAGCACAUUCUCUCCGAGGGCGAGUUCCCCACUCUCACAGCCAUGGGCUGUCUGGCCUCCACAGUCCUGGGCUCCCUCAGGAAGGUACCCCUGCACUUUUCAGAGCCCUCCAUUUUUCUGUACGGACUGGAGUGCUUCGAGGGGAAGGAGAUUGAGCUCAAUGGAGAGGUGCGGAGUCUCCAAGCCGAGGGUUUCAACAACCACGUGCUGUCCGUGCGGAUCCAGGGGGGCACCUGGGUGCUGUGUGAACACAGCGACUUCCGGGGCCGCCAGUGGCUGGUGGGCAGCUGCGAGAUCACGAACUGGCUGACCUACAGCGGGACCCAGAGGGUGGGCUCCCUCUACCCCAUCAAGCAGCGCCGGGCUUAUUUCCGCCUCUGGAAUGUGGCACUGGAGGGGUUCCUGGCAGUGCCAGACCAUGUGGAAGACAUGAAGGCGGGCCGUGUGGUGGUUGCUGAACCGGGAGCUGGAGGUAGCUGCGUCUGGUACUACGAAGAUGGGCUGCUGAAGAACCAGGUGGCCCCCACCAUGAGCCUGCAGGUGAUCGGGCCCCCCAGCGCAGGCUCCAAGGUGGUGCUGUGGGCCGAGAGCCGCCUGCCCCGUCAGACAUGGAGCAUCAACGACUUGGGCCACAUCUGCAGCCAGAUGUUUGAAGGUCGGAUCCUGGAUGUGAAGGGUGGCCGGGGCUACGACCGGGACCAUGUGGUGCUGUGGGAGCCGACCAAGGACAGGGCUUCCCAGAUCUGGACUGUUCAUGUGCUCUGACACCCCACCCUCCCAGGCCUGGAGGCUUUCUCGGGGAUGAAAUGUUUUUAUAAGUGUUUGUUGCUAUUGUUGUUGUGUAACAUGAGUUGUUUUCUAAUAUC